AGGCGAAGGCGAAGGCGAAGGCGACGGCGACGGCGCACGCAUGCAUACUCACCUAGAUAUACUGCUUUACACGGUAUCGGCGCUGUACAUAUCAUAUCCUUUUGCUUUGUCUGUUCUUCUCGGGCCAUGAGCAUUGGGGGUAUAGGUGCAUCGGCCGGCGGCGUAUGAGUGUCUGGUUUUUACAAGUCUGUUACACUAUUGAAUUUUUCCCUUUUCUUCUUUUUUUUUACGCUACUAUUACCAUCAUAUAUCAUCAUCGUCCUUGCGAGGAACAGCACGCAUGUCGCCAGCAUUGUUUUUCAUUUGUUGCUUUUACUUGUAUCAACGAACUAUAUACCUUAGGUGCCCUAUUAGGGACCCGGCUAUGGGCGGAAUCAGUUUAGCUCUAUGAUGCCGUGAAUUUGUCAAAUAUACCUCAUAUUUUGAUAUA